AUGGCAAAUGCUGAAACCGUUUCUUUUGUUCUAGAAAAUACAUCAUUUAAAAAUGGUUGGCAUAUUUAUUCGGAAUAUACCAAUUGUAGUGUUGUACAAAAAAAUGGUAUGUUAUUUUUUAAGGAUAAUAUAACUACAGGAUUGAAAUUUGUAAAUGACAACUCUCUACUUACUCAAGACUUUAAUACUCUUCAGUUUUAUUUCUUUUUUGAAGGAGAAAAUAAUACCAAUUUCACAGUUUUACUUUCAGAAGAUGUUAGUAACAGAAAAAAGACAAAUGGUUUUGUUGAAACUAUAACUUUUACAGCUCAACCUAAUGUAACAAACAAAAUUGUACUUCCAAUUAAUAUACAAAGAACAAAAUUUAUGACACUUAAAUUAGGAGAAGGUCAAACGUUACGUAAUGAGAAUGUUAGAAUAAAAGACCUUAAAUUCUCAGAUGAAGAACCUUUUAUUGAGACUGACGCAGUUGAAGCAUCUUCAAAUCAGCUUGUCAUAUUUGAUCCAAUUGUCUGGCAAUGUGAAAAUGGAGCAACAAACAUUUUGAUAAUGUUUGGUGUUUUGUCAAUCUUUUUUAUGUUGAUAUAA